AUGGGGCUGUACGCGAUACCCCUCGAGUUCGAUUUCUACUUCUUCUGGUCGUUGCUUCUCUACGCGGACCUCGCCUCUCUUGUCGCAGGUUUGCUUGGUGUCGGGGCAGUGACAUUGUCUCCCAAUGCGAAGCAUGCAUAUGAAGCGGCCAAGAGAAGUGGGCGUGUUGCUGGCACUUUGGCCGUUUGUAUUAAUGAUUACCGCGUAACCUUGAAACAAGAAGCCUCGUCCCCCGCCGAACACGAUGAACUGAUUCGCGCAUGCCACAAACGAUGCGCCGAGCGUACCCUCCGAGUUCUCGAGAAGAAUGGAUCGAUCUUCAUCAAGCUGGGCCAGCAUCUCAGCAGCAUGGGCUACUUACUUCCGCUGGAAUGGACUUCGACCUUCAUCCCGCUCCAGGACCGAUGCCCCGUCUCGUCAAUUGAGUCAAUUAGCGAGUUGUUCCGCGCUGAUACCGGCCAAUCCAUGGAUGAAUUGUUUGCCUCUUUCGAACCCACCCCUACCGGUGCCGCAUCACUGGCACAGGUGCACAUUGCCACGCUGAAGGAAACUGGACAAAAAGUCGCUGUCAAGGUCCAACACCCCGCGCUCGACGAAUGGGUGCCCUUGGAUCUAGCCUUGACCCGUUUCACUUUUUCCAUGCUCAAGCGCUUCUUCCCCGAAUAUGAUCUGGAAUGGUUGUCCAAGGAGAUGGACUUUUCUUUGCCGCAGGAGCUGGACUUCCGCAUGGAGGCUCAGAAUGCCACACGUGCUAGCGAGUAUUUCAAGGAGCACUCUGAUGCUCCAUUGGUUAUUCCCGAAGUGAUCUGGUCUCAAAAGCGCAUUCUCGUCAUGGAAUACAUUGGCGGUCGUCGCCCAGAUGACCUCGAAUACCUAGAUGCCAACAACAUCGACCGUGACGAAGUCUCCGCAGCCCUAGCACACAUCUUCAACGAAAUGAUCUUCGGCAACAACGCCCCGCUCCACUGCGAUCCACACGGCGGCAACAUUGCCAUCCGCCCGAACCCUACCCGCCGCCAUCACAACUUCGACAUCAUCCUCUACGACCAUGGAUUAUACCGCGACAUUGAUCGCGAUCUACGCCGCAACUACGCCAAGCUAUGGCUAGCCGUCAUCGACGCCGACGUCCCCCGCAUGCGCGAAUACGCCCAGAAAGUCGCCGGCGUGACAGACGACCAAUUCCCCUUAUUCGCCAGCGCCAUCACCGGCCGCGACUACAGCGUGCUCACAAAGAAAAGUGUCGUUUCUUCACGCACAGCCGAAGAGAAGAAGGAAAUCUCCGGUGCAUUAGGCGAAGGCAUGCUUCAACAACUGGUUGUCCUACUCGGCCAGGUCCCGCGCAUUAUCCUGCUCAUCUUGAAGACCAAUGACUUGACCCGCAGUCUCGACGAGAAUCUGCAUACGCGCCAGGGUCCAAUGCGCUCGUUCCUGAUUCUCGCUCACUACGCUACGCGCACCGUUUUCGAGGAACAGAUGGAGUCUAUUCAGGAGUCUGGUGGUGUUUUCCGGAACUUCUUCCGGUAUCUGUGCGCUUGGGCGGGAUACCUUCGCGUUGACAUCAAGUUGUCCGUCUAUGAGACCUUGUUGUCUUUUAAGUCUCGAUUUGGGCUUCGGAGUGCUUAG